AUGCACGCACGUCUGAAUCUUGUAGCGGUGGACAAUAUAACGGGCCAUCGGGGACGAUCGUUCAGAGUGAGAGGUGCCAGCGGACUCGAGCAGCCGGCGGUAGACCGACGCAAACUGGUUGUAGUACACCACCUUGUGCUCGAAAACGCGGCAGAUCUCGGUCGUGGCCAGCACGGGCUCGUUCUUGCCGUGCUGCGCGAGGUUCAGCGCCGCAAACAGCAUGAAGAACUUGAUCAGGUCGCUGCUCUUGACCAGCAGCAUGAUGUCCGUCUCCUUGAAUAUGUUUAUCAGUUUCUCGCACUCGGUGUCCAGGUCCUGGAUCAGUUUCGGGUCGAGCGUCGUGAGGUGCGCUCUGCGGUACAGCAUCACCUUGGAGAAGCGGUAGGUGAUCACGAUGACCGGGCCGACGGUGUCCUGCUCGAGCAGGUGCUUCCAGUCGUUGAAGGACGACUUGAGGUCCUUGAGCGAGGUCUCGAGCGGCUCCUUGAACUGCAGCGCGUUGUACAGCGUGAGCAGGAUCGAGAGCUGGCUGACGAUGCGGCCGUCGAAGCUCGACGCCGACGGGAUGUCGAGGAUGUUGCGGCACUGGUCGAGCCGCAGCGUGUCGAUCAGGCACGGCCGGCCCGAGAGGAUGCAGUAGCACAGGUGCGUGAGCGCGAGCUGGUUCCAGAGCCGGAAACUCUCGAUGCGGUCCGGGUGCAUCUUGAACCGGUCCGACAGCAGGUUGAGGUCCAUCUCGCGCGUGAUGUAGUGCAGCAGCGCGUAGCCCGACAGAAACCAGCCGUCGAAGUAGAACGCCUGGUACGAGAGCGAGAUGGAGAAAAGCGCAAUCAGCAGAAACGCCUGGAUCUGGUACUUGGUCUGCGGCACGACGAGCAGCGACGCCGAGAGCAGCCGCUGGAUCGUGUGGAGCAGCGAGCGCGCAAGCACGUCCAUGUUCUGGGGCAGGCGGCCGCGGUAGAAGCGGAGCCCCAGCACGCACAGCACGGCGAGCAGCAGCGGGCACUGCGUGCGCAGCUCGGUGACGUAGUUGUGCGGGACCGUGUAGAUGCCGCCCCAGAGGCCGUAGAAGUCGACGGCGAGCCGCACGAGCUCGUUGGCGAGCGGCUCGGACAGCACGCCGCUGGCGACGACGUCGGCGUCGGCCGGGUGCGUGAGCACGAGCGGCCAGAUGCCGUGCGCCAGCUCCUUGUUGAAGGGGAUCUGCGUCAUGUCGCCGGCGCGGCGCACGUCCCGGAACGGCGUCACGUCGAAGUACAGCUUGUCGAGCAGGUUCGACGCCUCGGGCUGGUGGUCGAGCUCCUGGUCGACCAUCUCGGCGGCGCGGCGCACGCCCAGCAGCAGGUCGACCUUGCUGAGCACCUCGUCGAGUUUCUGCGCGACGGACGCGGAAUCCGCCGAGGAAGCGGCGUUUUGCGAGAUGAGCGAGUCUGUCAGGUUGACGUCUGCCAGCGAGCACCGGAUGCCCAGGUUGGUGCACCGGAAACACGUCUGGCCGUUGUUGAGGUAGUGGCACCGCGUCUUGGAGCGGCGGCACUGCGAGCACGCGAGCGCGGCGCGGCGCACGUGGAACUUGGGCGUCCUGUUUGGAGAGCUCUUUUUCAUACGAGUACAGUUUUUUUAAUAUUUGGUAAAUCCCUCGGUCAAUAUGGCGAGAUAUUUUUCCCCGUCCACACGGGCCACGGCGUCGAUUUGCGGCAGGCCCUGCCACUUGAAGUUUUUGCGGCGGUCCACCACGAUCUGCCCGAGCGCGAUGUCCGACUUGGUCUCCACCAGACAGUCGACCUUUUCGGUUUCCAUGAUGGACUCGUCGAUGGCGUACGCCACCGCGAGCGAGUCUAUGAGGGCGCAGUAGUCGCCGAAGCCGCGCCGCCGGAGCCACGCGAGCACGCCGAGCACGAACGUCGCCGCGGGAGAGCGCGACUGAGCCAGCUUGUCCUGGUACCUCUGCGUCAUCGCGAUGCACGGCUGACAGAAGAUGUCCAUGCCGAUGGCCGUCAGGUUGAACUUGGCCCCCCACACAAGCUCUGCGGCCUCCGGGUCCACGUAGAUGUUCCACUCGCUCACCGGGUUGUCGCCCGUGGCGUGCAGCGCCUCCGACGGCGAGAAGCCAAACGAGCCCCCGAUAAUGAUCACUUUCUCCACUUUGCGGGGCAGCUCGGGGUCCUUGAUCAGGGCGAGCGCCAGGUUUGUGAGCGGGCCCAGACAGAUGACGCUGAUGUUGCCCGCGUGCCGGUUGACGGUGUCGACGAUCAGGUCGCUCGCCACGGCGACGGUGUUCCCGGUCGCGUCCCACGGCUCGGUGGACAGCUCGGGCAUGCCCAGGUCGCCCAGGCCGUCGGAGCCGUGCGAAAACGGGUCGCGCGGGUACUUGCGCACAAGGGGCUUGUCGGGGCCUUGCCCGAUGGGCACGUCCAGCCGGUUGGUCAUGGAGAGCACUUUCUUGAGGUUCUGGGUGCAGGAGCUGGCCCUGAGGUUGCCCGAGACCGUGGUGAUGGCCCUGACGUCCAGGUUGCCCGGCGCGAGCGCCAGCAGCAGCGCGCUGGCGUCGUCGAUGCCCGGAUCGCAGUCGAUAACAACCUUUCGCAUAAAAACAGAGAUAAAUGUUUACACGGCUAA